AUGAGCAGCUCCUUGAUAGAGACACCUCGCACUUUCGAGGAUAUGAUGCGGAUACCAGUGCUCUUCUACAAGACAAUCGGUGAGGAUAUCUAUGCCCAUCGCUCUACCAAUCCGUUGAAUUCUCUACUGCUUAAGAUCUACCUGUAUGCGGGUUUUAUCAACUUCAAUCUGCUGGUGUGUGGUGAGCUGGUUUUCUUCUACAAGUCAAUACAGGACUUUGAGACAGUGCGUCUGGCCAUUGCUGUAGCUCCCUGCAUUGGCUUCUCCCUGGUGGCUGAUUUUAAGCAGAUUACUAUGGCACUCUAUAGGAAAACGAUGAUACAACUCCUGGAUGACCUGGAGGAGAUGCAUCCCAAGACACUGGCGGCACAGAGUCUCUACCAAAUGGCCGACUUUGAGCGCACCAUGAAACGUGUCAUAAGAAUCUUUACUUUCCUCUGCCUGGCGUAUACCACAACUUUUUCUUUUUAUCCGGCCUUUAAGGCGACAAUCAAGUAUAAUUUUCUGGGCUACGAGACCUUUGAUCGUAACUUUGGCUUUCUCAUCUGGUUCCCCUUUGAUGCAACCACCAAAAAUUGGGUAUAUUGGAUUACUUAUUGGGAUAUUGCGCAUGGCGCCUACUUGGCUGGCAUUGCCUUUCUCUGUGCGGAUCUUCUGCUCGUCGUGGUCAUCACCCAGCUGUGCAUGCACUUCAAUUACAUAUCGACGUGCCUCGAAUCUCACCCAUGUAAUGCGGAUCAGGACGAGGAGAAUGUGCGGUUCUUGACCACAAUGAUUAAGCAUCAUAAUAAGUGUUUGAUGCUCUGCGAGCAAGUCAACAACAUGUACAGUUUUUCGCUGCUACUCAACUUCUUGAUGGCCUCAAUGCAAAUAUGUUUUAUUGCCUUUCAAGUGACUGAGUCCACAGUAGAAGUUAUUCUGAUCUACUGCAUCUUUCUAAUGACGUCGAUGGUGCAAGUGUUUCUAGUUUGCUACUACGGCGAUGCAUUAAUAGCAGCGAGUCUGCGUGUGGGUGAUGCGGCCUACAAUCAGAACUGGUUUCAGUGCAGCAAAACUUAUUGCAUCAUGCUUAAGAUGCUCAUUUUGCGCAGCCAAAAGCCAGCGAUGAUAAGACCGCCCACAUUUCCGCCCAUUUCAUUGGUUACAUACAUGAAGGUGAUCAGCAUGUCCUAUCAGUUCUUUGCCUUGCUGAAAACAACCACUGACCGAGUCUAAGUUACAAUGAUAAGAAGCCUUUUGAUUGCUCCUGCUAUUGUCAUGGGCUAAUUGCGCUAUUGGCAACGCUAUGCGAAUCGAAAUACUCCGCCUCUGCAAGUAGCUUCAGUUCCCAAUGGAAGCUAGCUACAAACCUAAUGAUGUCCACUACA